UUUAUAAGCAUUUUUUUUUCUCUAGAUUUGUGAGGUGAUAGAAUGUGCGGCCAAAAUUUAUCAAAAUCCUGUAGUUAUGAGUCUCAUUCUUAUAUCUAAAUGGCAAAUUAAGCAAGAACAUCUUGAAGAAAAGUCCAUCGAUGACGAUAUAAACAAAUCGGCGGGACUGUUUCUUCUAAAUGCAUUAAACAGAUCCACAUGAAGUCAAAUAAUUCUUCUUGUCGACCCAGUCGUCUUCUCUUCCUGGCACUCUCUCUCCUUAUCUCCGUAACAACCGUUGAACUUGCAGUUACUAAUAAGAGGAAAGGAAACAGUACACUUGUCCUUCUUCAAAAUGAAACUAACAUUACUGACGUUAAAUUACAAUUCCAAGAAUUUCAAAACAUUUUUGAAAUCAAGGGCCUUCCUUCAAAUUCCAUUGAUUUUAUGUCUGGAAGUGGCCUGAGCAUACUUAUGAAGUAUUUAGAGAAUACUAAUUAUUCGACGUUGAUUUAUGUUCUGAACAAUAAUAAUACGAGAGAUGCUGGUUAUUGCGAUAUGGCUGAGCAUCUUUCUGAGGCGUUCAAAAAAGAUGUACUAUUUUGGCCAUGUCCAAGAAUGAAGCUAACGGAACGAUUUUUGCCCUCCUUUGAGAUCAUAUCAUUUGUAGUGACGACUAUUUCGAAGGAGUUAAAUUGGACGGAAGCUGUGAUUUUUGCUACUGAAACAAACUGGGGAUUGCCAUUGGCAAUAUCAGCUAAUAUACAAAUACCUUUUCGCAUUGAGAUAGGCACUACAAAUCUUGAUGAAAGACAAAUCGCUGAUAAGAAAGGACAAGUUGUCAUAAUAACAUCAUCUCUAAAUUCUAUAGAAGCUCAACAGGUUAUUCAGCAUUUUGAACACUACAGACAAACAAAAUUGUUUCUCAUUGAUAUGUUUGGAACAAUAUUCAACAGUGAAAGUCAUUUCUACACUUAUCUGGGCGGCAAUUUCACAAAAAUAGAUAAUAUAUUUCUCACAUGGUCUUCUGGACUUGUGCCAAACAAUCCGGAUUUCAGUGAAAAUUCCUUCCGAAACAGCAGUACAAAUAAUCGUGGUAAUUCGAGACCAUACAGAAAUCUGCUUGUGCUAACAGUACUUACAGAGAAGCUGAAGCACCUGCUAAAUAAAACACUUCAUGUGGAAUUUGAAAAGUAUUCAGAGUGGAUGUUGAAGGAGGCAUUUGUUGACGACAAUUCUGAUGAUAUUGCUAUAUCUUCAGUUAGUGUAAAAAGGGAUAGAAGACAUAUUCCAUACAAUAAUAAUACCACACAUACUAAAGAAUCUUUGGAUUUUUCGCAAAGGAUUUAUAAUGAUAGUGAAGUCUCAAGUGAUGUAGAAAAAACAAAAGUUUGAUUCAGAAAUAGGUGAAAUGAUUAGUGGAGUUUUGAUAUCUAAUAUUAAUGUUACAGUGUUAAAAUUUUUGCACAAACUGAUUACGUUCAAUUGUGAUAUUAAUUAUUUUAUUUCCAAUUAUUCAAUCACCACAAUUAUUAAUAAGACUGCACAGAGGGAUUCAUUUAUUUGGGAUCAAUGCCCACAAGUAAUUGAUUGUCAUCCCAAAUAUUUCAAUGAACAAAAUGAUUUUUGUUAUUUUUUUUGUCAUUAUUUAUUUGAUAAUAAAGAUGAAAAUGGUGAUAGUACAAAAUCAAUAACGCGAAACUCAACAAAUAAUACGGAUAGUGUAAAUGAUAUUAUAAAAGACGUAUGUGUUAAAGUUAAAGUCGAAGAAAGAGGAUUAUCAAAUGCAGAGGAGAUAUUGGUUGAUUUUGUAAAACUUGCUUUUAUUGAGGAACUGAAAGGACAAAAUGCAAGACGCUGGCGUCGAGAAACCACAAGAAAUGGACACCAAACCCCCUCUAAAUAUUCUCCAAAUCAGCUGGUGUAUAGUGAAUUUUUUAGUUUAUUUGACUUUAUUGUGUCGAUCUUGUAUGGUGCUAAUGAAAGUGGUAUCAAAUUUGACUUCAUUGUAUUGGACCUUCAUCGCAAUGUGAAUGUGAAGAAUGAGUCAACUUUUGGAUGGCGUCCCUUCCUAGUACUUCAGCAAAAUCACAUCAAUCAUCAGGUAUUCACCACGCAUCCACUACUGAGGGGUUUCCGUGAUUGGGGAUUGCACACAUCUCAGUUCUGGACGUGUGGUAUACUAUGUUGGGGGGCUAUCGUACUGACCGUACUCCUUCUGCUGUGUGUUAUCGUUGCCAGCGUUGCGGCCGCACUGCUUUUUAGGUGAGAACCUAUAUUUUUAUUAUCUAUUUUAUAUAUACAUAAUUUGAUAUUUAACAUAUUUAUUUCUUGUUUUGUGAAAAAUUCUAAUUAAGUUUGCUAUAUCUUACAGCAGAAAGAGUAUUUUGAAAAUUGUCUGAUUUAAAAAUUUUUGUAAAAAAUGCGAUUUCCUUCUAUUUAUAGAAAUUUAUAAGAGAUAAUAUUUAUUACAAAAAUGUUAAGCAAUUUUUUUAGUUUUAAGAAUAACCUAUUUUUUUUUAAAUGUAUAAUAUUUUAAAAUUUAAUUUAUAUUUGAAGUUCUCAAUUAUUUACAUUUGGUUGAAAACGUCC